AUGACGUUCUUGAGGAAAAGUGCAUUCCACCAGAGUGUCCUCUCUGUGAGGACCCACGUGAGGAACUGGUCCUUGCACAUCUGCGCCUUCCGUCCCACCCCAGGAGCCUUCUGGGACUCAGACUGCGGGCGCCCUGAGCCCUCUGCCCGCAUCGUGGGGGGCACAGACUCGCGGCCUGGCGCCUGGCCGUGGCAGGUGAGCCUGCACCAAGGCGACGGCCACGUCUGCGGGGGCUCCCUCAUCGCCCCUUCCUGGGUCCUCUCUGCAGCUCACUGUUUUGUGACGAACGGGACCUUGGAGCCUGCAGCCGAAUGGUCGGUGCUCCUGGGCGUGCACUCCCAGGACGGGCCCUUGGACGGCGCGCACGUCCGCGCAGUGGCCGCCAUCCUGGUGCCGGACAACUACAGCAACGUGGAACUGGGCGCCGACCUGGCCCUGCUGCGCCUGGCCUCGCCCGCCAGGCUGGGCCCCACCGUGCGACCCGUCUGCCUGCCGCGCGCCGGGCACCGCUUCGUACACGGCACAGCUUGUUGGGCCACCGGCUGGGGAGACGUCCAGGAGGCGGACCCGCUGCCUCUCCCCUGGGUGCUACAGGAAGUAGAGCUUCGGCUUCUGGGAGAGGCUGCCUGUCAGUGUCUCUAUAGCCGACCCGGCCCCUUCAACCUCACAUUCCAGCUCCUGCCAGGGAUGCUGUGCGCUGGCUACCCAGAGGGACGCAGGGACACCUGCCAGGGUGACUCCGGAGGACCUCUGGUCUGUGAGGAAGGUGGCCGCUGGUUCCAGGCGGGAAUCACUAGCUUUGGCUUUGGCUGUGGGCGAAGAAACCGUCCCGGGGUCUUCACUGCGGUGGCCCCCUAUGAGACUUGGAUUCGGGAUCAGGUGACCGGCUCAGAGCCUGGCCCUGCCUUUCCCAGCCAGCCGCAGGAGCCCCAGUCGGGGCCCCGGGAGCCCAGGGAGGAGAACUGUACCAUCGCCCCGCCAGAGUGCGGGAAGGCUCCGAGGCCGGGGGCCUGGCCCUGGGCAGCCCAGGUGACGGUUCCAGGAUUCAGACCCUGCCACGGGGCGCUGGUGUCGGAAAGCUGGCUCUUAACACCUGCCAGCUGCUUUCUGGACUCGGGCACCUGGGACAGCCGGCCCAGUGACCUCGACGCCUGGCGGGUGCUGCUGCCCUCGCGGCCGCGUGCGGAGAGGGUGGCGCGCCUGGUGCUGCACGAAAACGCUUCGCACGACCACGCGGCGGACCUGGCGCUGCUCCGGCUGCGCGCGCCCGUGAACCUGAGCUCGGCCCUGCGGCCUGUGUGCCUGGCCCAUCCUGAACACUACUUCCUGCCCGGGAGCCGCUGCCGCCUGGCUCGCUGGGGCCGCGGGGAACCCGCGCCUGGCCCUGGAGCGCAGCUGGAAGCGGAGCUUUUGGGUGGCUGGUGGUGUCACUGCCUCUAUGGCCGCCAGGGGGCGCCAGUACCGCCGGCCGGAGACCCGCCGCGAGCGCUCUGCCCCGCCUACCAGGAAGAGGAGGAGGCGGGCCACUGCUGGAACGACUCCAGCUGGAGCCUGGUGUGCCGGGAGAAGGGGACCUGGUUCCUGGCUGGAAUCAGCGGCAUCUCUGGUGGCUGUCUCCGCCCUCGAGCCUUCACCCCACUGCAGACCCACGGCCCGUGGAUCAGCCAUGUGACGCGGGGAGCCUACCUGGAAGACCAGCUGGCCUGGGAUUGGGGCCCUGAGGGCGAGGUCACUGAGCCUCAGACUUGUCCCCCACACACAGAGCAUGGUGCCUGCGGCCUACGGCCAGAGUCUGCUCCAGCUGGGGUGCUGUGGCCCUGGCUGGCAGAGGUGCACGUGGCUGGCGAGCGAGUCUGCACUGGGAUCCUUGUGGCCCCUGGCUGGGUCCUGGCAGCCACCCACUGUGUCCUCAGGCCAGGCUCUACAACAGUGCCUUAUGUUGAAGUCUACUUGGGCAGGGUGGGGGCCAGCCCUGUCCCACAGGGCCACCAGGUGUCUCGGUUGGUCACCAGCAUCCGCCUGCCCCGGCACUUGGGACUAGGGCCCCCCCUGACCCUCCUGGAGCUCAGCUCCCGAGUGCAGCCCUCGCCAUCCACGCUCCCCAUCUGCCUCCACCCAGGAGGUGUCCCCCCGGGGGCCAGCUGCUGGGUGUUGGGCUGGAAAGACCCUCGAGACCGAGUCCCUGUGGCUGCUCCCGUCUCCAUCUUGACGCCACGACUCUGUCACUGCCUGUAUCAGGGCAUCCUGCCCCCUGGGACAUUCUGUGUCCUCUACGCAGAGGGCCAAGAUGACAGGUGUGAGGUGACCUCGGCACCGCCCCUCCUGUGCCAGACCGAGGGAGGCUCCUGGGUCCUCAUGGGCCUGGCUGUCCGAGGGAGCCGGGAGCUGUUCGCAGCCAUUGGCCCAGAAGAGGCCUGGAUCUCCCAGACUGUGGGGGAGGCCCACUUCCUGCCCCCUAGUGGCUUACCCUACUGGCUCCCCGAGGGCAGUGACCUGUGCCCCCCAGACUUGGCAGGGGCCUCAGGCUCCCCUGGAGCCGCUGCUCUGUUCUUGCUGCUGCUGACUCCCCUGAUCCAGGGCUGGUGAGCCUGCCUCCCGGAGCCUUGUCUUCUUUGCCACCACUGCUGCCUCUGCCAGCAGGGCAGGAAUGCCGCUGGACCAGCUGGCUGCAGGCUUGCAGGGUGGGUGUCCCCUCCACCUAGCACCUGGCCAGGGCUUCCGACGAUUGGGCCUCAGUGCUGGCUAUUUGGGGCCCAGGAAUCCUUGGGGCGGAGGAGCAGAUAAUAAAGAUGUAAACACAGA